AUGGAGUCACCUUCGUCAUAUGCUGGCCAGAAGCGUAAGGUCGACGAUAUGAGCUCCUCCGAAGACGAUGCGCGCCCGACCACCGGCUUUCGAGGCUUCGGUAGAGCCCGUGAGCGCUCCGAGUCACCUCCCGCGAUGAGUGGAUUGGGCAAUGCAGCUCGCAAUCCAUGGAAUAAUAUGGCGAGCGCAACGACGACAGCAGCGCCCCGAGGUGCUGGAGCCUCUCGUGGAGGAGGAAAGGGCUCGGGGGGCAAUUCGUUCGCCGCGCGCAUGAUGGCGAAGAUGGGCUACGUGGAGGGACAAGGCCUGGGUUCCAGUGGCCAGGGUAUUGUCAACCCGAUCUCUGCACAGCUGCGACCACAGGGCGCAGGCCUGGGAGCUGUUCGGGAGAAGAGCAAGCAGACUCGCGAGGAAGAAAAACGAGCGGCCACGCAACGUGGUGAAUCUGUGGAGGACAGCUCAGAUGAAGAAAAACGCCGUCGGCGUAAGAAGAAGGAUGAACGCAAGACAGAGAGUCGCAGUGGAACAGGUACUCCGGUUGCGCGCGCCAAGCCCAAGUUCCGAACCGCACGCGAGAUGGAGGACGAUAUGGAGGGCCUCGAAGUACCAAACGUUCUGAAGUCGCUCGUCGACGCCACAGGGAAGGAACAACGGGUGUUGACGUCCACGGCCGGUUUGAUGACCCAGCAGGAAUUUGUCGGUCAGGGCGAGGGGGAAGCGAUGAAAAUCGCUCGACGUGCUCGAACUGAUUUGGAAGCCUUCGCGGACGAAUGGAAGGGGUUGACUGAGCGGAAGAAAUUCAUCGAGGUUGAGGAGGCCCAGGUAGUGGAUGAGCUGGAUGCGUACCAAGCCCGUGUCAGCCAUCUCACCGGACUGAUCGCCGCCGUGGAGGAGCUGGAUAUCUUCGAACACGACGAAAGCGUUGCUUCCAAAUUCAACGAGAUGACCGAAAAGUUCGAGGCCAUGGAAACCAAAUAUCGGGAUGUGAUGGAUGAAUAUCGGAUUGCAGAGGCAGCUGUUGCUGCCAUCCACCCACUGUUUCGACAAGCCAUGGAGGAAUGGGAACCUCUUCAGGACCCCCAUUUCCUCGUUUCCAACCUCGCUCGACUCCAACCUCUUUUGUCUCGCCGGACCGAGAAUGAAGAGGGUCGACAGCGGCAAUCGACGUCACCUUAUGAAACGAUGAUAUACACUCUUUGGUUACCACGCGUGCGGUCGGCACUUUUGAACGAUUGGGAUGUCUACGAUCCGAAUGCGGCGACUGCUCUGGUUAUCGCUUGGAAGUCGAUUGUGCCUGGGUUUGUAUUUGCCAAUGUUCUUGACCAACUGGUCGUCCCAAAGUUAAGUGGGGCAUUAAAAGAAUGGAAACCUCGGAGCAGCCGUCGAAAUCCCUCACAGCACGAUGGAAAGUUCCCGUGGUGGCUAUUCACAUGGCUACAAUACCUGGGCGACCGUCACACCAACCCAACCCAGCCCACAGGCCUCAUGUCCGAUGCGAAGAGGAAAUUUCGUGUGGUGCUUGACUCCUGGAGUUUGCACCGUGGUUUGAUCAAUGGUAUCGAGCUUUGGCGGGAUGCUUUGGGAACUGAAUUUGAUGUAUGCUUGCGCAACCAUCUUCUACCACGCCUUGCCCGUCAUCUCCGGGAAGACUUUGCGGUAAAUCCCCAGGACCAGGAUUUGACCGCCCUGGAGGAUGUCUUCCGUUGGAAGGAGUUCUUCCAACCCAAGGUGAUGGGCCUCCUCCUAGUGUCUGACUUCUUUCCGAAGUGGCAUGAGAUUUUAUAUAUCUGGCUCACCAACGAUCCAAACUACGAAGAAGUCGGCGCGUGGUUUUCCUGGUGGCAGACUCAAAUCCCAGCCGAGAUCAAUGAGCUGGUUAUGGUACAAGAUGAGUGGAACAAGGGCAUGCACACCAUGGACCAAGCCCUUGAACUUGGCGAUCGUGCAGCCGCCGAGCUCGCACGCCCCACUCCUCAUGACCGCCCUGUGCUUCCUACCAAAGAAGAAAGCGUGGCUGCGGCUGCAGCUGCAGCUGCAGCGACCGUCUCAGCUGCGGCCCCAGCCCCUAAACCAAAGGCCAUGGAGGAGGUUGCUUUCAAAGACGUUGUGGAGGAAUGGUGUGCCGAACAGGGACUUAUUAUCCUGCCGUUGCGUGAGGCCCACCCGAAAAAUGGACUGCCCUUGUUCCGUAUCACUGCCAGUGCCACUGGCAAAGGCGGAGUGGUGGUAUUCCUCCAAGGGGAUAUUGUGUGGGUACAAAAUAAGAAGGCCAAGGACACAUGGGAGCCGAUGGGGCUGGAAGAUCAGUUGGUUGAGCGCGCUGAAGGGCGAUGA